AAAUCAUAAUUUCGCCUGUGCGCGACCUUACAUUGAGAUAAUUGUGUAAGGUAUAAAAUACAAAAUAAAAUGAAUAAUUUUGGCUUAUUGUUAUUCAUAACUUGUUUGAGCAUAACGUUUCUUUGGUUAAAUCGGAAAUCUUAUAUUGGUUAUUUUAUUCUUAUCGAAUAUUUCGGUCGUAAAGAUUUUCAAGUCAAUUUAAUUUAAAAUUGCGUUCUUUCGAAUGCUUAGAUUGAUACUGAUUUUCAGGAUAUUUUAAGUUAUGCCGGUAUAGUAUUUUUUUGAAAGAUGAUCAAAUUUCUAUAUUUGCUUUCAGUAAUAGCAUUUUAUAUAAUACAGGAUAUCGAAUGUUCGAAUAUAUAUGAUGCACUACGAAAUUACUACGAUAGUGACUUACAUACACAGUUUGAAAAGGAAUGGAAGAAAUACAGGCCUGCUUUCGAAAACGAAAUCGCAUCGAGUCUGCAGGAAAACUUCGGUACCAAAGCUCUAAAUAUCUACGAGCCAGAUAGGCGCGAUGCACACUUCCUUGCAGGAGGCUUCCAUCUAACAGACGGCGUGGUGAUGGUAUAUUUCUUUGAAAUGGUAUUAAGAGAACUGCCAGCUUUGAUAGGACCGAAGCUGAAUAUAGACCUGCCCUCUAACCACGUGAAGUUGGAGUCGAAAGUAGACCGCAUGUUUAUUGACACGACCUACUACGUAGCAAGGAACUCCUCCUCAGUGAUAUACGCCAGUCCAGACGACCAGAAAGAGCUCUCACCCUUCAGCUUACAGCAGGUCGACAAUUUAGGAAGAGUGGUAAUAGUAGUCGAGGACUGCUCGCUAUCCGGUGUUUCGAUAGCAACCCUGAGCGGGGACUCUGUCAACAUGGGACACAGCUCGUUCAUGCUCAGUAAUUGCAAGUUUACGGUUGAGAUAUCAACACCUAACUCAGGAGCACCGCCAGUGAUUGCGCCAUAUUUCCCUAAGGGGCCGAAGGAAAAGCUGGAAAUUGUAAUUUCUAAGCCCAUUCGCGAGGAACUGCAUACAAAGCUGCAGGGAGCUAUGUAUAGUUACAUCAACACUAGUGUUUUGCUCGGAAGCCAAGAGUCCAAUUUCAGAAAUAGUCAACACCAAUUGUUUAAAAGCUACGCUGAGUUUAUGACGGACUAUGUUGCACAAGUAAAUCAGAAGACGUUGAAAGCGAACAAAGGACACGUCAGCCUGACGAAUUACGAAAUUCUCAUGAACACAGAAACAGACAAGACAAGAUGGCAGUGCCACAUGGCUCUUAGGGACCUGAUGCUGUACGGACUUGACACAGCUUACGUGGCGCGCUCUGGAGGGCCUUAUAACGACGGCACGGCGACUAAUACCGCGGCUGAUGCAGUUAUCUUCAGUUCCAUACAGAUACGUGGUAAAAUUACCCAUGACGAUGGCAAAGGAAGUAUAACGUAUGAUUUUGCUGCCGAGCUGACGGACAUCACAGUGAACAUUAUUAUCGACAUACAGGAAGGACAGACGAAGUUACGAGAUAUUCUUCUGACGGGUUGGAGGUCUUUGGAGUUCUCAAUUGUCCCGUGGGAAACACAAUAUAAAGAAAGGCACGGAUAUCAAUCUUUGGUGUAUGGUCAUAUUCUGAACGAGAUACCAGUAAAAAUUAUAAAUCACUUAACAAGUAUAUUAGGUGCACCCAUCGAUGGAAAUAAGCAAGACGACGAUGACAACAACGAUGGUGAUGGUAAUAAUGGUAGUGAUGGUGGUGAUGUUGCUGGUAAUGAUGAAGAGGGAAGGGAUGAAAAUGGAAGUGUAGAUGACAAUGACGAUUAUGCGGAUAACACUGCUAAAGAAAAGCAAUUGAAUGAUAAUAAUGAAUUUUUCUCUGAUGGUCUUGACGAGAAUUUCUUCUCGGAUAAUGAGUUCUUUUCUGACGAUGCUCUUGACAAAAAUUUCUUCAGUGAUGAUAAUGUUCAAAAAGACUUCUUGUCGGAAUUUGAAACUGAUGGCAAAAAAGAUAAUGUUGGAGACGUAGGUGUAGGCGAUGAAGUAUUGGGUGGUGGAGAACCGAGUGGGAAUGUUGAUGUUAAAUCGGAAAUAGUUGAUAAUGAAGGAGUGGAUGACGAAGACGGCAAACUUAUGACUGUCAGUGCUGCAGAAAAAGCGGAAGUUUUGAAAGAAAAAGGAGAUGAUGGAGGUGUAAACGAUGAUGAUGAAGGCGACGUAGAUACAACUGCAGAUGCCGAUGUUGGUGUAGACGAUGACGCAGUAGCGGACAGCGAAGGUAACAUUGCAACAUUUAAGAGUGAUGAUAAUGAUGGAAAAGCGGGCAGCAAAGAUAAAUUAAAGAGUGACAAAGAAGAUAUGGCUGACGAUGACGGAAAGAGUAUUUCAGGUGAUGGAGUAAAUGAGGACGUUUCUAAGGAAACAAAUAUGGGCGUCGACGAUGAAACAAUUGGAGGCAAUGUUCUUCAGAGUGUCGAUGGAGAUGGAGGAUGGCCGGUAUCAGAUGAUGCUAUUGAUGAAGAGGAGUCGGUGAUUCCACACGAUGGAUUCAAUAAACAAGUCUUGGAUGGUAGUCAACUCAAAAGUGUCAAAGGAAAUGGUUUCUUCUCUGACGACUUUAUUGAUAAAGAUUUUUUCAGUGAUGACAAUAUGAAGGAAGAUUUUAUCUCCGACAUGACAGCAGAAAACAAUAAAGCUCCACUUGAUGAAGCAGUUGAAGAUGGAGCCCAAGGUGCAGUUGAAGAUGAGGACAAAGAUGCAGUGGGAGAUGAUGAAGACGGUGCAGUGGAGGAUGUGGAAGGUAGUUACCAAAAAGUAGAUAAGGACGAUGACGGAAAACAAAUAAACGAUGAUGUCGCUGUUGACGGGACCUUUGAUGAUGAUAAUAUAAAGAAGGAUUUCUUGUCUGACGAACAUAUACAAAAAGAUUUCUUGUCUGAUGACCAUAUACAAAAAGAUUUCUUGUCUGGUGACCACAUAGAGGAGAACUUCUUUUCUGAUGAUAAUUUAGAAAAGGAUUUUUUUUCCGACGAUAAUACAAAUUCCCAGGGAGACGUUGCUAAUAAUGGCGUUCAGAGUGUCAAUGGCGAUGGAGGAUGGAAAGUAUCUGACGAUGCUAUUAAUGAAGAAAAUGAUGAUGGUAUUUCGGGCGGGAAGGCUAGUUCUGUUGAAAACAAUAAUGGAGAAAUUGCAGACAACGAUAGUGGAAAUAACAAGGAUGAACAGAACGCUGGCAACACAGGUGAAAAAAAGAUGUCGGCUUUCGCCUCUGAGGAGGAUAAGCCCUUUUUAGAUGAACAUUUCUUUAGUGAUGAUAACAUUGAGAGACGUUCCAUGGUAGAUAAGUCACAAAAACACGAUGAAAAUGAUCAUACCGAUGAUAAACAUGCUGCCAGAAUUGAAGUUGUAGAUACCAAUAAAGGAAAUAACGGGAAAGGCGAAGACUCAUCGGAGGAUAAAAAGGUUGUUCUGCCAUCCAACGUACAUAACACUCGUCGACAGCAAAAUCUGCAUAUGUCAGAAAAUGAGAUUCGUUGA